AUGCCAAUGCAGCAGGUGGACCGCACGGAGGUGAUGCGCAGCACGCUGAGCCCCGUGUUCGCCAAGGUGUUCACGCUCGACUACUCAUUCGAGGAGGUUCAGCGCCUCCGCUUCGAGGUCUACGACGUCAGCUCGCGGCACGGCCCGCGCGAUGAAGACCUCCUGGGAGCCACCGACACCACCCUGGGGCAGAUCGUGUCUCAGCGCAAGUUGAUCCGCGCCCUGCAGCUCAAGCAGAGGAAAUACGCCGUGAAGCCGACCAUCACGAUCAUCUCGGACGAGCUGACGAGCAACAACGACUACGUGACGCUCGCCUUCCACGCACUCAAGCUGGACGACAAGGACUUCUUCAGCAAGUCGGACCCCUUCCUCGAGAUCUUCCGUCUCAACGACGACGGCACCCAGCAGCUCGUGCACCGCACCGAGGUGAUCAUGGACAACCUGAACCCGGUGUGGAAGCCCUUCAAGGUGUCCAUCCAGUCGCUGUGCUGCUGCGACUACGAGAGGCAACUGAAGUGCAUGGUGUGGGACUGGGACUCGAGCGGGAAGCACGACUUCAUCGGGGAGUUCUACACCACCUUCCACGAGACACUCGCCGCUCAGGAUGACACACACGUGCAGUGGCCAUGCAUCAACCCCAAGUACAAGGCCAAGAAACGGCGGUACAAGAACUCGGGAACAGUCAUUCUCGCGCAGUGCAGGAUCGAGAUCCUGCCUCGCCACCUGGCGGCCAAGCGGCGGCGUUGCUGCCGUUGA